GGCAUCGCAUGUUUGCUUCUUCUGCAACAUAUAACGGCAUGACAUCAUUACAAUUCCCCGAUCAUCUGCAAUAGUUUCAUAUUUAAAAAGCGCAGUCACUCGGGGACGAUCCAGCGGAAUACCGAAGAAUGUACUGGGGUGUUGGUUUUGCAUCGUCCAGAUCAUGCGUGGUUGAUCUGAGCAGGAAUCAAAGCUUUUCCCUGGGACUGUGCGGCUCUGACGAUCACUACUCCUUUUAUGGAUACAUAAUCACUUUUCCUUUGCAGGAUUACUGUAACAUCAUGUCAGGGCUGGGAGCAGAGUCAUGGUGGAAGAAAACGUUGUGUCUAACCGGGGGAGCCCUGCUGGCAGCUGCUGCAUAUCUCUUACAUGAAUUGCUAGCAAUCAGAAAGGAGCAAAAACUUGAUUCAAAAGAUGCAAUUAUUCUGCAUCAGUUCUCACGACCUGAGUGUGAAGUACCUAGCCUGUCUCCUUUUUGCUUGAAGAUGGAAACGUAUCUUCGAAUGGCAGAUUUGCCAUACCAGAAUUACUUUGAUGGCAAACUCUCUCCUCAAGGAAAGAUGCCAUGGAUUGAAUAUAAUCAUCAAAAGGUAUCAGGCACAGAAUUCAUUAUUGAUUUUCUUCAAGAUAAAUUGGGCGUUAAUCUAAACAAACACUUGGAUUCUGGUGAAAGAGCGGUCUCCAGAGCCAUUACAAAAAUGAUGGAAGAACAUUUCUAUUGGGCCAUAGUAUACUGUCAGUGGAUUGACAACCUCCAUGAAACCCGAAAAAUACUGUCUGUCUCAGGCCCAUUCAGUGGUUUCCUGAAAUGGAUACUGUGCCAUCUAACAAGAGGAAUUGUUAAACGGGAGAUGUACGGUCAAGGCAUUGGCCGCUUCUCAAGAGAGGAAAUAUAUACCUUAAUGGAAAAGGAUAUGCGAUCACUUUCAGUGAUUUUAGGUGAUAAGAAAUACAUCAUGGGCCCAAGACCUUCAACAGUGGAUGCUGCUGUAUUUGGACAGUUGGCUCAGGCUAUGUGGACACUGCCAGGAACCAGGCUGGAAAGACUUAUCAGAGAUGAGCUAGUUAACCUUGCCAUGUACUGUGAGAGGAUUAAGAGGAAGUUCUGGCCUGAAUGGAUUGAAGAGAGUGAUGAUGCUUCAUAUGACAAUGAGGAUGAGUCCAGUGAGGACAGUUUGACUCCCACACCACUACAAGACUUCAGCUUGUACUCUCGCACAGAAACUUUUGAUGAAGAAGUAACAGAGAACAGCGGUUCCUAUUCCCAGACGCCAGACACUGAUUAUACCGGCCAUUCACUCUUCGAUUCAGAUGUGGAAAUGGAGGAGUACACAGAUAAUGAGCAGGGCAAAUAAAUAACACUGAAAAAC